ACCUCUCCCACUAUGGCUGCCCAUUUCACAAAUAGCCCACAAUUUAGAUUGUAAGGCCAACUUAUAAUCAUGGACUUUCGUCAUGUUGCUGAUUUCUGACCGAUAACCCCUUCUGCACCUACUUUUUUUGACCGCCAGACAUAUUGCGCAUGAAGACAUUAGAAUUGUCCGAGAUUUAGGCCAUAACGGCCAGAUCCCAAAAACACUUGUCAUUUCUCGUCCGUCAACCGAUAACAUGGACGCAGCAGAAAUACCGUUGUCCAAAAUCAAGGUUGAAGGUGGCUCGACUCCGCCAAGCAACGUGGUCGAAAGCAAAACUGUGUAUGGUGUUGUCGGCUUUAUCACUCUACAAAGCAAUGAAUAUGUCAUUGUCAUCACGGAUAGAGAGCGUACUGGAACGAUAAAAAAUGCCGAUGUUUAUCGCGUUAAAUCCGUAUCUGUGGUGUCCAUAACAAGGAAUAACAUGACACCAAAUCAAGCAAAGGCGGAAAACAUAUACCUUCAAAAAUUAGAGGAUCACUUUGACACCAACAAUAUGUAUUUUUCGUAUGGAUAUGAUCUUACUCAAUCCUUACAACGUCAAGCGUCUACAUCCCCGGAUCCAGGUUGGAAGCAGGCGGAUCCUAGGUUUUUUUGGAACCAUUAUCUGUGCGAGAAAAUGAUGAACGGAGAUGACCAGGAAGACAACAAUUAUAGCAUGAGUGACUUUAUUUUACCAAUGGUGCAAGGAUUUGUUUCGAUAAAUAGAGCACAAGUUCAUGGACAUCCAUUCGCAUUUGUUCUUAUAUCGAGAAGAAGUCGACUACGAGCAGGAACACGCUAUUUUUCUCGCGGUAUAGACAAGGAUGGAAAUGUUUCGAAUUUUGUAGAGACGGAACAGCUUGUGAUAUAUGAUGGUUCAGAUGCAGUGGGAGGAUACGACUUUACAGGGAGACAUCAAAUGUCAUAUAUCCAAACGCGUGGUUCAAUACCUAUAUUUUGGUCUCAGGUUAUAAAUAUGCGAUAUACACCAAAACUUUGGCUCGAUACAGGAGAUGACAGCCUCAUGGCCAUGAAAACCCAUUUCAAGGAUCAGGUCGCCACAUAUGGACCGCAAAUACUCGUUAAUCUCGUGAACAAGAAGGGUUAUGAGUAUCCCCUGGCACAAGCUUAUUCCCAAGGUGUAAUGAAUACGGGGGACCCAAGUCUGACUUAUAUUCAUUUCGAUUUCCAUCACGAAUGCCGGAAAAUGCGGUGGGAUCGCAUUAAAAACCUCCUCGAUCAAAUCGAGGGUCAGUUGGAACAGCAAGGGUACUGCUACUAUAACGCUACAAAUCCGCACAAGUCUUUUAUUGAAAAAACCCAAACAUCAGUUGUAAGAUCUAAUUGCAUGGAUUGUCUGGACAGAACAAAUGUUGUACAGAGCGCAAUUGCAAAAUGGGUAUUAUCCAGGCAAUUACAACAGCUUCAGAUAUUACGGCCAGGAGAAAAAAUAGACGAGCAGAUUGAUUUUAUGCAUCUCUACCGAAAGGUGUGGGCCGAUAAUGCCGAUGCUAUCAGUUUAGGCUAUUCUGGAACAGGCGCUUUAAAAACGGACUACACCCGGACGGGAAAGAGAACGAAAACUGGAGCUUUUGAAGAUUUAACCAAGUCAUUGAUGCGAUACGUCAAGAACAAUUACAUGGAUGGCGCUAGACAAGAUGGGUUCGACUUAGCUUUGGGUGUGUAUCGAGUAUCAUCAACUUCUUGGGAGGAUAGUCCAUACAAUUUGGAAACACCUUUGAUAAUUCAUAUAGUCCCACUGGUGGUCUUACUCUCGGCCAUUAUGUGUGUAUUUGGGGUUAUGCUGAUAAGCUAUUCUGGAAUCGCCUCGACAACCUUAAUUUGCUUGUUCAUAGCCUUUUGGUUUUCGCUUCUAGUCACGACUUUCCACUACAUGCUUCAAAACAGUCAGUGCUAUGUCGAUUGGCCAAGACUAGUAACGGUUCCUGGACAGUCAGAUUCCAACACAUUACAGCCAUCAGCUGAGGCGCUCACGUCUACAUAUUUACCGCGCAAGUUUGGCAAGCAAGCCCAAAGACGUAGUAGUAAAGAACUAAGUGCUUUAGAAGAAGGAGAUCAAAUACCAUUAAAGAAAAUGUCAUAAACAGGCAGUUUAUGCAAAGCUGAUAAAACCUACAAUGAGUUACACAUUUCUUG